UCUACAACCACGACGAUGGAAAAUAAGGAGACCCAGAGAGAAGGGCUGGUCUUCAUCUCAGGCUCACAGUGCUGGCUAUAAGCAGAAAUGCUCCUUUGACCCACUGCUGAAAUCUAAGGUGCUGAACCUUGAGCGGAUGCAGGCUCUGGGAACCUGGCUGCAAACAACCAACACAAAGCUGAUUCAAGUUAAUGGCCAGAGAAAAUAUGGAGGACCGCCUGAGGUGUGGGAUGGUCCCACCCCAGGACCCCACUGCGAGGUCUUCAUCAGCCAGAUCCCACGGGACACCUAUGAAGACCUGCUGAUCCCCCUGUUCAGCUCUGUGGGAGCGCUCUGGGAGUUCCGACUUAUGAUGAACUUCAGCGGGCAGAACCGUGGCUUUGCCUAUGCCAAAUAUGGCUCACCAGCUAUAGCUGCUGAAGCCAUUCGCCAGCUUCAUGGCUACCUGCUGGAGCCCGGCCACCACCUCAGUGUCUGCCACAGCACUGAGAAGAGACAUCUCUGUAUUGGGGAUCUGCCUGCUGCCACUAGACAAGAGGACAUACUGCAGAUGCUGCGUGUGUUGGUCGAAGGGGUGGAGAGAGUGUCCCUGAAGGCCGGCCCUGGUAUAGCGGGGGUAUCUGCUAUAACUGCUUUCUCAUCUCACCAUGCUGCGUCUAUGGCUAAGAAAGUGUUGAUGGAAGAGUUUAAGAAGCAAUUUGCAAUGGCUGUGUCAGUCAAGUGGCAUUCAACCGAGAAGCUGAACCCUGCCGAGCCACGCUGCCCUCAGAAACCUGCAAAGAGCCUGUUGCCAUCACCCCAGAGGCCCCCGCGCUACACCAAAAAUCCCCCACAGCCCUCAGCACCGCCUCCAGGCCUGCCCCUCCCUCUAUCCAUCCCCUCAGCUUUCUGCAAAGCAGUGGGCGGUCCCACUGCCCCACAGCUCCCUCACCCCAAACCCUGUCCCACCUCUUUCUUCACCGAGGGGCUUCUUGGAGCAUCACCAGUAAUGCUCCUCCAAAAACUAUGUGAGGUGAUGGGCUUUGGCCAGCCAUUUUAUGAUAUGCAGUACAACCAUACUGGGCCGGAUGGAUUCCUCUACUUCUCCUAUAAGGUGCAGAUCCCUGGGAUCACUGCUGUUUUCAAGGGGCUGGUCCUGAUCGCACCAGGAUCCAGUGCCCGCACCAUGGUAGGAGAGGCCCAGAAGGCUGCAGCCCAGCAGAUCCUGCAGAAGGUGUGCCUCAACCAGUUCAACGCCUGAUGCUGUUGUGGAGUUGUGUUUUCACUCCAUUUGGGAUGUUAUGUAGUUUAAUUUCCUGCAUGUUUUUAUUAGCACUGUUUAUUUGUCUUAUUUGAACUUAUGCUUUUUAUCUAUGUUGUCUGUU